AUGAAAGAUGGGGAGAAAGAGAAUGAAGAGCAUGAGGAAAAACAAGACAACUUAGACGAGGAAAAGAACGAUGCGUCAAACAGUAGCUCGAGGGAGCCAGAUGACGAAAAAGACACUGCAUCGCUCAAUGGAGAGGUGUCUGACAAGGCCAAGAACAUUGGAGCGCGAGCAUUGGGAUCAUUGGUCAAUGGCGGACUAGCUUUCAUGGCCCUCGGUGCACGUUCACCUGUGGGUUUGCUAUUGAAGCGCUUCGACGAGAUGAAGGAGGCAGAAGGAACGCAGCAUGACGACGAAGGAGGAGCUGAAACGAAAACGGACGAUGCUAAUGAUUUGUAA